ACAAAAGUAGAGAAAAGAAGAAGAAAAUUAAAAGUCGUCAUGGAUUAUGUUUUACUUAUCCUUACCAUUCUUAUUACAAUUCUCAUUACCAAGAUUCUUCUCUCACUCUCUAAACCAAACAAAAAUCUCCCACCGUCGCCACGUAUCUGUUUUCCGAUCAUCGGACACCUUCACCUCCUCAAUGACCCGUUGAUUCACCGCACGUUCCGCCGUCUCUCGCACUCCCUCGGUCCUGUCUUCUCUCUCCGCCUCGGCUCUCGACUCGCCGUGAUCAUCUCGUCUCCGACGGCAGUCGAAGAAUGUUUUUUGACGAAAAACGACAUCGUUUUAGCGAAUCGACCUCGUUUUAUCAUGGGCAAGUACGUUGCUUAUGACUACACGGCCAUGGUUACGGCUCCUUACGGUGACCACUGGCGAAACCUCCGUCGUAUCACAGCCUUGGAAGUCUUCUCCACAAAUCGACUCAACGGGUCAUCGGAAAUCCGACAGGACGAAGUUAAGAGGCUUCUCCAAAAGCUUCACGGUUUAUCCGUUGAGCGCCCGGCUAAAGUGGAGUUACGUCCGUUACUGACGGGUCUUACCCUAAACGUGAUAAUGAGAAUGAUGACCGGAAGGAGAUUUUGCGAGGAAGAUGAAGGCGGAAAGGCGGAGAUAAGCUUGGAGUUCCGGGAGCUUGUGGCGGAGAUUCUAGAGCUCUCUGCGGCGAAUAAUCCGGCGGAUUUUUUGCCGGCUCUACGGUGGUUUGACUACAAAGGUUUGGUCAAGAGAGCAAAGAUAUUUGGAAAAAAGAUGGAUAGUGUCUUACAAGGGUUUUUGGACGAACAUAGAGCUAACAAAGAAAGACUGGAGUUUAAAAACACCAUGAUUGCUCAUUUGUUUGAUUCUCAAGAAAGGGAGCCUCAUUACUACGAUGAUAUUACCAUCAAAGGUCUCAUUCUGAUGAUGGUAAUAGGAGGGACAGAUACAUCGGCCUUAACCGUGGAAUGGGCAAUGUCGAAUCUACUCAAUCAUCCACAAAUACUAGAGACCACUAGACAAAACAUUGAUACUCAAAUGGAAUCAUCAUCAUCAUCAUCAUCAAAUACUCGUCGUUUGUUGAAAGAAGAAGAAUUAGUGAACAUGAAUUACUUGAACAAUGUUGUUUCCGAGACACUAAGGCUUUACCCUGUGGCACCACUUAUGGUUCCUCAUUUCUCAUCUUCUGAUUGUGUGAUCGGUGGCUUCGAUGUUCCACGCGAUACGAUCGUGUUUGUUAAUGUGUGGGCUAUACACAGAGAUCCAAGCGUGUGGGACGAUCCAACGUCGUUUAGGCCAGAGAGAUUUGAAGGGAAAGAUCAGUUUGGACAAUAUUGUAGUAAGAUGAUGCCGUUUGGGUUAGGAAGACGGGUUUGUCCUGGGUUGGGUUUGGCUAACCGGGUUGUUGGAUUGUUGUUGGGUUCGAUGGUUCAAUGUUUUGAAUGGGAGAGUGGCUCAGGAGGUCCAGUUGAUAUGACUGAAGGUCCGGGACUUAGUAUGCCUAAGGCCGAACCAUUGGUUGUGACGUGUAGACCACGCGAGGUAGCUUCCGAAUUGCUCUUCUUAGGAGCCAAUGAUGUCUAGAUUGGGAUUUAAGAUAUGAUAUUAUUUGUGUGUAUACAUAAAUUUGCUUAUUUAACUGCAAGAAAUUAGUCAUUUGAAGAUAAGUUGUUACUUUUAGU